AUGCCGAAAAUCUACGAUAUCGGUGAAUCGAUAGGCCCUCGAGUCGUUGUAUACAAAGACAAGGCCGAUUUGCAUCGAGAGAUUAAAAUUCUACUGAGUGUCGGGGAGAAUGAAGUUCAAUUGCAGGUUGGUAGAAAAAAAAUUUUUUUUUCUCGGUUUUUCUGUGUAGCUUAUCGUCACGGGUAAAACUGUAAAACGUCACAUUUUAAGGGAUUUGCGCCGUGUGUAAUUGCGGAUUCGAUAAGAAUCGGAACAAAGGACGGUUCUCUCAACAUUCGCGAUUUUCAAUUCACUUCGGCAGCGGAACUUAAAAAAGAAAGUUCAGAUGAUGAUGAGGACGUAAGUUUGAGGAUUUUUGAAGAUUUCGAGUCAGUUUCGAGGUCGAUUUUUUCUUGGAAACAAUAAAAUUAUGUAGAAUUUUGUUGCUUGAUUUGCAUACUCGGGGAAAAUAGAAUGGUAGAUAAUGGCCCCUAAAAGGGAGAGACUCAAAAAAGGCCGCAGAAAGGCAGCAAAGAGAAUCCCUUUUCGGAACCUCCUAUUUUUUCUGAAAUUUUGAAGGCUCAAGAAAUGGUGGAAAAGAGGAGAGGCAGCAAAAUGGUGCAUAAAAGGCGAUGAAAUGAAGCAAAAAGGCAAAAAAAAGGAGCCUUUUUUCACCCUUUCAGACUUUGCCUAUGUAUAUAUUUUUCUCAAUUCAAUUCUUAUGAAAUUUGUUCAGAAAGAAGAAAAAACCACGUCAGCUGAUAAUUUGAAAAAAAUAAAUUGAACAUCCUCCAACACAAGGAAUCCAUCAUCAAGAAACAACUCGAGAUACUCGGGAAAUUCUCGGAAAACGUUAGUUUCAUUGUAUCAGUUGGAAAAGCCGUGGUCGCAUAGAGAAUGGUUCAGUAAAGAUUGUAACGGAUUACAAAAGAAAAAGUUCGUUAAUUUACCAGUUUUCUUGAACUCAAAUACAAAUUGGGAUACAUUUUCAGUCGAUUUUUUGUAGUUAGUGUUUCCCAACUUGAAAAACGAGGGAGGCGGGGCAAGGGGCGGGACGCGUAGCGUGUGCGUACGCGGUUCUUGUCACAAUUUGCGCUACCGACCGAUUGGAGAGCUCGUUUAUCGCUCUUUUAAUUUCUUUUUAAAAAUUAUUUAUUGAUUUUUCAUGUGUGUAUUAGAAAAUAUAGAAAAAUUGCGGCGACCGAGCUCUCAAAAUAGUCGCUGGCGCUUGAAUUGAACUCGCCAAGAACCGCGUACGCACACGCUACGCGUCCCGCCUUCAUCGCCUUUCAAGUCGGGAUUGAUUGACUAUAACAUUCGAAAAAGUCAUCUAAACCGCGACGCGUAAAGCCAUUCCCUAUGCGACCGAAAAAAAUUUGCCCGAAAUUCAGGUUGUCAUCAGUAACCGCUCUGAGGGCACAAUUGAACUCUCCAAUGCAGCAUUGCUGAAAUUUUCAAACUUUCUCGAUUAUUUUGAAACGAAAUCGUUGGAUUUGUCAGGAAGUGCUGGAAAUCAGGAUAAUUAACCUGAUAUCAACUGAAUUUUCAGAACUGAGAGAAACACAAGAAAAGAUCAGUAAAACCUUGAAGGAAUUGAGCGGAAACGGCCCUCAAAACAAUUAUGAACCGUGAGUUUUGCGUCUAACUUCUCCGCGCUCUCUCGCUUUCAAUCACUAUUUUUUUCUAUAACCUCGGUGAUAGAGAAGAGAGCGCAGAGAAGUCAGACUGAUUAUUUGGGCCUGAGUGAAAAAUAGUUUUCUAAGUAGAUAUGAAUCGUGAGUUUCGUCAUUUCAACUCGUCUGACUUCUCCGCGCUCUCUCGCUUUCAAUCACUAUUUUUUUCUAUAACCUCGGUGAGAGAGAAGAGAGCGCAGAGAGGUCAGACUCAUUCAAGUCGUUAAUAGUGGGCCUGAAUGAGAUAAAUUUCAUGGGGUAUACAACAAGGGAUAUUUUAUAAAUCUUUAGGGUUGUACUUGUUCGAAUCUAUUCUCCAGUCGAAGCUGAUGCGAUUUUAAGUAUAAACUAUCAAGUAACAAAUGUUACUUGGGAACCUUCCUACUUCAUCCAAACCGAUCUGAAUGGAGAAUCUCCAAAAAUGAAGGUUCAUUGAGCAUUUUUUGUUGAUAAUAGUGAAAAUUCACGUUCUCUCAGAUCGUCUACAACGCCUCGAUCCAUCAAGCUACCAAAGAAGAUUGGAAAAAUGCCAAAUUAGUGAGAAAAAGCCUCUUUUCACCUUCAAUUCCUAAUUUUCAAGGUACUUUCUACAGUCCGGUCACACUUCUCGAAAAAACUCCCAACUUUGGAUCUUCUCGAGGCCAAGAUUCGACUUCCAAGAAUCACAGGAAACUUGUAAUAAUCUUCAUGUUUUUGAAAGGAUAUUCAGAAAUAAUUUUUUAGAUUCGGUAGCGCCGGAUUUUCCGGUGCGGCAAAUUUCGGUGCAGCUAAUUUCGGUGCAAGUGCUCCGACAAAAGAAGUGGAGGUUUGUAAUUUGAAAAAAAAAAGAGAAAAAAUCAACAUGUUUCAGCACACGACAGUUAUUGAUAAUAUUGUGAGUGCGGAGUUUGAAAUUCCUUUGGAAACUACGAUUGAAAGCAGUUCCAGCAACCACAGAGUCAGUUUCGGAAUAUAUUCGCCGUUUAAAAAACUUGAAAUUUUGUUAUUUCGCGAAAUUUUCAAAAAAUAAGUGCAAUAUCAUCUUUUUAAACAUCCUCAUAGAAAAAUUUCUGACCAGGAAGUGGUCUCCGGUUGCAGUGGGACUUCGGAAUGAGACCAAAUUCACUAACAGUAGUUUUUUUUGCUGAUUCCAAAUCUAGUCAUAAAAACUCCCGCGGACUUCUGUGAAAAAGUUAUGGACCUUCAAAAGUCGAAAGUUUCAGUUUCCCCGGUUGAGUUCAUUUUUAGAAAGUACAGUAAAAGAUUCAAAAAAAACGGGGUCCCGGUCACAACUUUCCUGUAAGGAAUUCAAUUUUCUGAAACUUUCUGUAUAGUCCGUCCACCGUGACUUGACAGUUUUCGCGUGUCUGCGUCUCUCUGUUCUCUCACCGGCGAGGCCAGAGAAACAUGGAAAUAGCACGUAAAAAUGAGAGAGACGUUGAGAGAUAAGGAGGGCGCAGAGAACUCCCGCCCUUUCAAGUCGCGAAAAACGGACUAUAGUUGAGAUGACUGUUAUUUUUAACACUCUGAUGAAGUUUCAGUCAACAGAGAAAGUACGCAGCUUCAAAAUUUUUCAAAAAUAUUGAAUUCCUUACAAGAUAGUUGUGACCAAAAUCGCGUUUUUUCGUAACUUCUUCGGACGGUACUGUAUAUAGAUGUUGCCCCUCUAGUAGCAGAAAAACACUUUUGGAAGCCCAUAACUUUUUUCACAGACCUCCUCAACAGUUUUAGAGACCAUAUUUGAAGUCAGCGUGAAAAAAUGCUUCUAGUGAGCAUGGUCUCGAUCCGGAGAUCACUCCAUGAGGAGUCCAUCACAUUUUGGUCUUGAAUAUAAUCAAUCCAUAGGUCACAAUCGAAACGAUCGAAUUGAUCGCGAAACUUCAUCGCGACUGCGUUCCUUCAAAAGAAACAGCCGUCUUCCUACAAGCUACGGUUGUGAACGACAGUAAAUUCGUCCUUCUGGCAGGUCCUGCUCAAAUCUUCAUCAAUGAUUCGUUCAUUCAGAAGGUAAAAAUGCACUGGAAUGAGUAUGAUAUCCCCUUCCAGACGUUCUUGAAAUACACAUCUCCUGGAGGAGAGUUCGAUCUUUCUUUGGGUACCGAUCCAGCGAUCAGUGUUAACUACCUUCCCGUCCAAAAAUAUCAUGAACAGGUUUGUUGUUAUCUAACAAAGACAGUCUACAAGUUUUGAUAAGGAGCCUGAAAAAUACGAAAAAGUUCUUGUUCCAACCUUGGGGGUGCCAGAGUGUCCCUAGAGGGGCACCUUAAGGGCCAACGAUUCCCUUUCAGGAACCAGCUUACCUCCACCUAUAGGGGCGCUGAAGCUUGCAAAAGUGGCUAUUUUAGGGGCGGGGGGCACCCUAGUCGUUUAUUGUUGUGAGAUCUAUGAGAAACAUUUCAAUGCGAAAAAUUAGAAAAAGACCCCUAUAGGGACCACUUAAGGGACUUUGGGUUCAGACUCUAAGCUCCAUAUAGGGACCGCCUUGUUAGUUUUACCGCUCUACCGUGUUUCCAACAUGGGCUGCUUCUCCCCCUCACCCCUAUAGGGACCACUCUGAAGUUCCUAUGACUCGUAAUAAUUAAAUAAUUUUUUCACACAAUUCGCUUUUUCGCAUAUAAAACGCCUCGAAUCGUGGAAAAAAAGCUAAUCAAAUGUCUAUUUCUCAGAGCGGAUUCAUCAUAUCUUCUUCGAAAGACGCUUCGAAGUUCUCAGUUAUCUUGAAAAACAACAGGAAAGAGUCGGCUCUCGUCACGAUCCAUCAUCAGAUUCCUCGGAGUACCGAUGAGAGGAUCAAGGUAAUUUUAAAAGUUUUCAACCAAUGCUUUUUUUGUUUUUUUGAACUUCGGAAAGUAGUUUCAAACGAAAAUCUCUGAUCCCAAUGUCGGCUUCCAAGGGCCGUUGGACGUGCAUUUUAGGGUCUCAAAACGAAAAAAAAUCUACAAUAACCUGAACAUUAGUUUCUUCAAUAAAUUAGCAUGAUAUCCAAAAAGUCAAAAAUCCAAAAAUUUCAGGUCCAUUUGUUAGAACCUCUGUUGGACGACGCUGAGAACAUAAAGGAAAACAAGGAAAAUGCAAAAUUGAGCAAUUUGAAUGUUUUGGAAUGGACCGUCAACAUUGACAAGGAGCAGGAAAAGGUAGUUUUCCAAGUUUCCUAUUUAAAAAUAAUAAUUUGUUCAGGAAUUUGCGAUUCAGUACGUUGUGGAACAUCCGCGGGAUCAGCAAGUUGAUCUUGUCAAUGUCCAGAAACAAGGACUUUUUCUAUUAAAUGCUCCUAAAACGUCACUCAGAAAUUGA